CCACACGAGUGCCCACCUUCUGCUAAGUAAACGGUAGUGUAGCUGUACAGUGGAAUAUUACUGGGCCAUGAAAAGGAACAGAGUCCCCACACAUCUCUAGAUGAGCCCCCAAAACAUGUUCAGAAGAAGCCAGACACACCGGCCGCAUAUGGUAGGACUGUGUUUAUGCGAGCUAGAACAGGCAGAUCUGUAAGAACCAGGGGUGGGGGUGGGGCGGAGCAGGAAGGAGGAACUCCUAAGGAGGAGGCAUUGCCUUUAUGAUUCUCUUAGGGAGUUUAGCAAAUGGUAGACGAACCCUAAAAUGGCUGUCCUUUCCACUCAGGUCCCAUGUCACAAUGGCCCCAUUAUUCCAGAAUUCUCUCCCAAGGUUUUAGAAUGUUGGAUAAGUGCUGAUGUAGGUUUGUCAGUGGUUCAUAAGUGGGGCCAGAGGACUUCGAUGAGAUGAGAUCCUGACUGUUGUGACAACAUCCUUCAAAGUCCCAGUGGCCCCAUCCGACGGUGGGUUAGAAGUGGCCUGUUAGCAGAGAAGGCAUCGGCUGCCUGAUGGCAGAGGGGGUAGCAAGCAUCCACAGAAGCUCCAUGCGGUGCGCAGUGGCCAUGCUGCUGCUCAUCACGAGCGCCAACGGCCAGGUGGCCGGCUUUGCGAUGGCCACGGUGGGCUGGAUCCUGACCACCACGUCCAUGGGCCUCGUGGAAUGGAGAGUGUGGUACAUAGAGAACAACGCCCUCCUGCCCCCGGGCCUGGUGUGCGUGGGCAUGUGGAAAGUCUGCGUGUACCACCACAUCAGCGACCACAACAAAGUCACCCUGUGUCAACGGUACAGCUACCGCGACACGUAUCUCCCGCUUGAUAUUCGUGUCUCCCAAAACCUCCUGCUGAUCGCCAGCAUCCUAGGCCUCCUGGGGCGAGCCUCCAUCAUCUUCGCUCUCAGGAACGCGUACCUGGGAAUUCUGCGGGAGAACGCCACCUUCAACCCAUUCAUCGCUUCGGGAAUCCUGAACCUGGCCUCCGGCGUGUGCAUCGCCAUCGCCGUGGUCUGGAAUUACCACUCGGUGAUGAGCGAGCAGGGCAUUUCCUUCCCCCCGUCGCUGUCGAUUCCCUUCAAGCCAAACACUCAGGAGAUCGGUAGUGCCUUCCUGGUGGCAUGUCUGGCCGCCUUCAUGAUGUUGCUGAGCGGGGUGAUUUUCCUGUCCCACAAGUUCUCCACGGCUACCCAAGUGCAUCCUCAGACUUCCAACAUGUGAAAUUCCUGAUUUCAUCGGCUUUGCGAAUCCAGGAUGGCCAAGGGUUUAUGAGAAAUAUUAGCAGAGUGUCCUAUCCAAUAUUUACAAAGAUUCCAGACCAUGGCAGAGGUAGCUUGGGGCAGAAGAUGGCCAACUCUUUCUUUUACCUUCUGUAUCUUUUGUUUCGUUGAUUCAUCAGCUCUUUGAUUGAAUCGAGAAAUUUCAUUUAAAAAAAAAUCUUCCUUGCCUGCCUAUUGGUCUUAUUAGAUCUGUAUUUUAAUUAUUGUUGAAUAAAUAAGCACUACAUAAACCUGGUGUGUCGAAAUGAGAUUUUCUGUGUUUCUCACGUUUCCCUCUUAAGCUUCUGCUAAAAACAACCCACUUUAUUUCCUGUGGUAUGGUGAUCAACAUCGCUCUAUCAUAUGAAAUUCCCCAAAAUAUGCAGAAGUAGAAUAAAAGAAUAAAUCACCACUCACCCCUUAUCAGA